UAUCGGACGGAACUUUCAUCGAAAAUUGUUUACGCCACACGAAAGGAAGCAAAACAAAAAUAUGCAUUUAUACAGAAGAAAUUGAGAAAAAAUGGCUAGUAGCUGUACUUGUUCAUGUUCUUAUAGACCUAUAAUUUCUGCAAAAUUAGAUGUUGUUCAUAGGUUUUUAUCACCAAGAUUGAUGAUCCAUGGAGACCGUAGAUUAAAGAAAACACCCAGAAUUUGUGUUGUAAGAGCAUCAGCAGUUGAUAGUUCAUCCAACUUUGUUCAACGCAUCGAGAAGGCAUGGUUGAUUUCUAAGCAACCUAGGCCAAUUAUAUGCUCUACUUGUGACUCAAAUGGCCAUGUGGAUUGCAAGUGGUGCGGUGGUACUGGUUUCUUUAUACUAGGCGACAAUAUGCUCUGUCAAGUGCCCUCUCGAAACACAAGCUGUGUCAUCUGCACUGGAAAGGGUUCCGUAUGCUGCACCGACUGUAAAGGAACAGGUCAUCGUGCAAAGUGGUUGGGAGAACCUCCUAUUCCCAAGCCUCCUGUUACUGAAGAGUAACUUCUCAACUGAUUUCUUGAAAUUUUAAUCAAGUUCUUGAUCCUUAGAACAGGAUCAAUGUUCAGAAUGCAUCUUGAUACUUGUAUUCAUUGUUGAAAACAAUAUUUCUUUCUCAGUUGUACAAUUGUUACAUUAGUUUCAUGAUAUACCAUUUGUGUAAAGCACAUUUCUUUCUCC